CCGCCAGAAAACGACGGCGCGGCGAUGGAGCAACGCACGCCUGUGCUGGGGCUGCGUUUCACAACUCGCAUUCCUCCCCUGCACCACGGCUGGCAGCAGCACUGGGAGGCAGCCGAAUCCUCAGCCAGGGCAGGCACGCUCCAGCAGAGCCAACCACGGGCUGGGGCCUCGAGGUGGCUGCCAAGGGCCACCAGCAGCACGGCCACCACCAGCCUGGUCAGACGCACCCGUGGGGUCUGCCUGUGACGUAUUUUCCUCCAGGAAAAACUCAGGCACACGAUGUGGCUGUUCAUCGCAAUCCUGUUUUUCCUGCAAGCGCCCACGAGCUCCCAAGAUUCCACCCAGCAGAAAAAGGCUCUGAAUCCUGAGGCUCUCAUGAACGUUAGCCAAAUCAUCUGCCACAGAGGGUACCCCAGUGAGGAGCAUGAAGUCCUGACUCGUGAUGGCUACUACAUCCACCUGAACAGAAUUCCUCAUGGGAGACAAAAGCCUAAGAACAGAGGGCCCAAGCCAGUCGUGUUUCUCCAGCACGGGAUAUUUGGAGAAGGCAGCCACUGGGUGGAAAAUCUGGCUAACAACAGCCUUGGCUUCAUACUGGCAGACUCUGGCUAUGACGUGUGGCUGGGAAAUAGCCGGGGGACAAGCUGGUCCCGGAGACACCAGCACCUUUCAGCUGACCAGGAGGAGUUCUGGGAUUUCAGCUUCCACGAGAUGGCAAUGUUCGACCUCCCGGCCGCCAUCGACUUUGUGCUGCAGAAAACGGGGCAGAAGCAGCUCCACUACGUUGGCUACUCCCAGGGCUGCACAACUGCGUUUAUUGCGUUUUCAUCCAUGCCCGAACUGGCUCAGAAAGUCAAAAUGUUUUUUGCCCUGGCUCCAGUAGUGGUACCCAAGCACGCCAGAAGCCCAGUCAUGAAGAUGCAGCUCCUCCUGGACAGCAAGCUCAGGAUGAUUCCGCUGCUGCUCGGCAGAACGGACGCGUCCCUGCGGAUAAAGAAGCUGUGGCGGUUCCUGCCGGAGCUGUGCAGGCACACGCUGCUGCACAGGCCCUGCGCCAGCCUGCUCUUCCUGCUGGGUGGCCACAACGAGAAGAACCUCAACAUGACACGGCUGGAUGUGUACACGUCUCACUAUCCGGAUGGCACCUCUGUCAAAAACGUCAUCCACUGGGCCCAGGUGACAAAAUCUGGAGAAUUCAAAGCCUUUGACUAUGGCAGGGAGAACCAAGCCAGGUACCACCAGGACACCCCGCCCUUGUACCGCGUGGAGGACAUGCCAGUGCCCACCGCGGUGUGGUCGGGAGGGCAGGACUGGGCAGCUGACAGGAGGGACGUCCUCCUGCUGCUGCCCCGCAUCACCCACCUCGUCACCUACACCCACAUCCCCGACUGGAACCACUGGGACUUCGUCUGGGGCCUGGACGCCCCCGGGCGCCUCUACAGCAGCAUGCUGAAGCUGAUGGAGGGCUCCCGCUAGAGCGGCGGCUCCCGGGGAGGCGCCGGUGGCCUGGCCCCUGUCCCUCAGCCCGAGGAGGGGGUGGGACACUCCCUGCUGUCCCCUCCUCCCUGCUGGCCUGACACGCUUGUGGUGAUGGUGCUUUCCACGCAUCCUUUGGUGGUUGGGGUCUCUCCUCCUUGCUUGGGAGCUCCUCAAGCACCUGUGGCACCGUGCUGGGAGGGCAGCACCGGGAUCAGCCGAGGCACCGGAGCAGGCAGGAACCACCAGCCCUGCUGGAAGGGUCCCAAAAUGAUGGUGCUGACC